GCAGAUCGACUUGGUUUCUCUAGAAAUAUUGAAACGUUAUUACUGUUUUUAAAUUUAUCAAUUACAUCAAAAAAUAACUAAGAUGGCUGAUAAGGCACAGGAACAGAGCAUUAUGGAUAAGUCCAUGCGCUCAGUGUUUGUAGGCAACAUUCCCUACGAAGCAACAGAGGAAAAAUUAAAGGAAAUAUUUAGCGAAGUUGGGCCGGUUUUGUCGCUCAAACUGGUGUUCGAUCGCGAGAGUGGAAAACCAAAAGGCUUUGGAUUUUGCGAGUAUAAGGACCAGGAGACCGCGUUGAGCGCCAUGCGCAAUCUGAAUGGAUAUGAAAUCGGCGGACGGACGCUGCGAGUUGAUAAUGCAUGUACAGAGAAGUCUCGAAUGGAGAUGCAGCAACUGCUGCAAGGGCCGCAAGUGGAAAAUCCGUAUGGUGAGCCAUGCGAUCCGGAUGAUGCACCUGAGCUUAUUACCAAAACAGUAGCGUCAUUGCCGCCGGAACAAAUGUACGAGCUAAUGAAGCAAAUGAAGCUCUGCAUAGUGAGCAAUCCGUCCGAGGCGCGCCAGAUGCUUAUGCUAAACCCGCAAUUGGCUUACGCGCUCCUGCAAGCUAUGGUGGUCAUGCGCAUUGUUGACCCACAACAGGCACUUGGCAUGCUUUUCAAGGCCAAUCAAAUGCCUCCUGUGCUGGGUGGCAAUCCGCACGCCAACACUGGCGUUAUCUCUAUGGUGCAGCCGCCGGUGCAACAGCCUCAACAACAGCCGCCUACGCAAGUUCCUGUUGUUGGUCCUGGACCCAUGCAGCCUAUGCCGGUGCCGGGUCCCAACUUUAAUUCUAUGCAUCCGAACGAUAUAGAUUUGCGCAUGGUAUCUUCUGGCCCCAUUGACCCGCGCAUAAUGCAACGCAAUUUAGACCAGGAUAUGCGUCAGGCAAUGCCCAAUCCAGUACCGCCUCCACUAAUGGAUCCACGCGCUCGCGCACAAAUGCCACCACAACCGCCGCAAGGCCCACCGGCUGGUGCACCGGCCCCAUACCCUAGCGAUCCGCGUCAGCGACCAAUGGAUCCACGCCUGCGUGGUGCCAUGCCUCCAGGGCCUGUGCAGCAGCAGCCUCCCUCAGCCGCGGUGCAAACGCCAUCUCAGCAGCAGCAGUCGGCGGCACAGCAGCUACAAAGUCGUCUUGGCGCCAAUUGCGUCCUGCCUUCGGAUGCAUCCGAUCAAGAGAAGGCUGCACUUAUUAUGCAGGUUCUGCAACUAUCCGACGAGCAAAUUGCCCAGCUACCGCCCGAGCAACGUGCCAGCAUAUUGGUGCUCAAGGAGCAAAUUGCCAAAAGUACGCAGCGUUAAGUUUUAAUAAUCCUUUAUAAUUGGCAACUUUUCGUAAUAAAAAAGAUAAUAUAUAUUUUGGAAA